AUGGCUAUAGCGCGCUUUACCGUGCCAAAGGUACGAAAGGGACUGUAGUCCGUGGAACAGGGCGGAGGGUGGCUAGUGGGGAUGUAGGACGAGGGUAUAUCGGAGAGCACAGGGGUGGGCUUUGCAUGCGAUAUCAAUAAAUCAAGUCCCCGGGACCCCGGCAGCUUAGGGGGGCCACUACGUGGCCAGAAUCAACAGCUCAUAACGUCGGCUAAUAGCUACUCGCCGUGGGGUCGAAGAUAUUGUCGUAACGCCCAGGGACAUCUUAACGUCUUGCCUCGAAUUUGCUUUCGCACGUUCGUGAAAGCAAAGAAUCGCCCGCCAAAAGGACAUACCAUUUAGAACAGCAAUUUCAUUGUGUCGCGAAACGUAAUUGUGAAUUUAUAACUAUAAUCGACUUUAACGAGUUUUUUGAUUCUUAAUCUUCAUUUUGGUUCGAUUUGGUGGUCGUAUGUUUAACAGAAUUAAAAUUACGACGGCGCGAGAAAAAUCGCCACACACGUUACCCGAAAGACCAAUUUAAUUAUAUCACGGGGGAAGAUAUAAGUUUAACCAUACAAUAGUAAAUUCAUAAUCGUGGUCCAGGCAUUGGAAAUUUCAAUUGUACGUAUCGUAGAAUUAACUGUGUUAAAAGACUUACGUUUUACGGCUGUCAGGAUACAAUUUGAAUUUUCAUCGACGACAGGAUGAGGAUUGAAGAUAUCGGUGCGUUUGCAGGUGUGGUUUCAAAAUCGUCGAGCGAAGUGGAAAAAACGGAAGAAGUGCGGCCCAGUUUUCCGUUCCCCGCCAGGACCAUUGCUGCCAUCGCACGGCUUACCCCCGUUUGGACCGAUGAGCUCCGACCUCUGCGGUGCCGGGAUGUUCAGUGGACCUCCUGAAAGAUGGACAAUGGGAACAGGUCUUGGACAACUGGGACAAGGAGGCAUGGGAAUGAGUGGUUUCGGCCAAAGUUUAGGACAACUUGGUCAGCAAAGUACAGGAAGCCUUGGCUCGAGCUUAGGUCUUGGUAAUUCUGGACUACCGAUCAGCAGUCCGUCGCAGGCCGUCUAUCAAGCUAGUUAUGGUCUGAAUUCCCUUGGGGGUGUUCACGUGUCAGCAUCUCGGGGCUCGCCGCCAGGAGGAUCCAACGUGGGCGGUGGACAAGGUGGUGGGCUAGGAUCAGCCUUGAACUGUGGCCAGGGAUCGCCUGGGACGACUUCUGGCAGCGGAGGUGGCGGCGGCGGUGUUUCCUGCGUGGCUGCUGACGUGAACGCAACCGAGGCGUCGGACUGGAGAGGCGCGCACAGCAUCGCGGCGCUCAGGCGUCGUGCCUCGGAUGCGUCGCAACAAUAUAGUCCACAGCCGCCGCCACCACCCGCAGGACCACCCCAGUACGCCCAGGACAUGGAGUACAAUUCUGUUUACUGA